AUGAGGAAGACCAGAGGCUCCAGGCCUUCACAUGUUGAACAGGUGCUGUAUUCAACUCCUAGCCAAAGGGUUGUGACUUGUGGGCAAGGGGCCAGGGGGCCUGCGGGAGGAAGCAGGAAAGGAGCCCAGGGUGGUAGCCCCGUGCCGCCCACUGCCCUGUUCACCCAGCACCAGACCCCUUUCCACCUUGUGCCACUUACAUCAGAAGAAGCAGCUCCCUCAGGAGCUAGAAGGAUCCAUCCCCUCCAACCCAAUGGCUACACACAAGGAGAAACUGAGACCAGCGAGGUGAAGGGAGCUGUCGCCGAUCACACCGCUGCGGGAAGUAACCCUCGUCUGGGGUCUGGGACGGUGGUGGGCAGUCGGUGUUGGAGCCCAAAGGCCUCACCUCCUCCCGGGCUAGGAGGGAGCCCUGCGCCCACCCUGGUCAGGACGGGCUCCGAGAAGGAAGCAGCCAGGCCUACAGCGCUCGGGACCCCACCUCUCCCUCUGCCCGGUGGGCACAGGGGCCCGGGAAGCGGAGCGGCAGCUGCCAGGCCUGGCCGCGGGCCCUGCGUGGGGAGGGAAGGCCGCCACCGCGCCCUGGGUGGCCCGCGAGGGCGCCCCCCCCCGCUCCCCGGGCAGAGCCGGUCUUGGCCGCCGCUGCCGCCCCUGAGGCGCCCGCUGUCCCGGUGCUACCCGGGCCGGCUCCGGCCGCUGGGCUCGAGCUUCGGCACCUCCCCGCGGCCUCGCCCUCCAGCUCCGCGCGGUGGAAGCGUCCCAAGCCGCAGCGCCGAGCCACCGCCCGGCCGGGCGCCUGAGCUUCUCAGCUCCUGCCGUUUCCCUCUCUGGGGCCCCCCAAGCCACCUCGAUGCGGGCGCCUCUCCGCCCUCAGUUCUCUGCCGGCUCCAACAGGAGAUCUGA